GUGCGCAUCCUUCUUUGCCACCUCCGGCUCCGGGCUCCACCCCUCUCGCUGCUCCCUCCCAAGGCUGCCCUGCUCACUGUUAGUCUGAGCGGGGAGAAGUUCACUCCGAUCAGCUGAUCCCAACUGACACUGGAGAGGAGGAAGCCCAAGAGGCAGCUAAGGAGGAGGGGGGCGGAGAUGAAGAUGAGGAUGGAUCCUCCGGUCCCCUGAAAAACAGCCUCCGCCCCCACCGACGUCCGGCGGCCCCCCAGACGCGUCUUCGCUGCGGCAGAUCAUCUCCUUGGUAUCCCCUGAAAUACUGACUUGAGGUUGGAUCCUAUUGAAAAGCUCCUGACCACUCUCUUUCAUCACUAACACCUGUGGCUGAGGCCCGGGCAAUGAGCCUACCUCAGUGCAUUCAUCCAACCUCGCUCACAUAGCCAUAAAAGACACUUUCAGGUUAAUUUUGACCACAUAUUUGCCUGCACCUUAUGGAGGAUGAAACGAUCAAAACCCAAUCAACGUUGCUGCUGAUACAAGAAUCUAGGAGGCAGAAAAUUAAAAAUACAAACAAACAUUUGUGUGAAGAAUUAUAAUUGGACACCGAAGGUUGGUUUCUUUUGUUUAAAGUGUUCAGAACCCUGUGGAAGUUUUGUGCAGUCUUCAGACACAAAGCUUUUGUCUUUGUUCCUGGAGAACAGCUCAGUGACCGUUGCAUGGUGGGUAUUUCCAUUCCCAACUGAGUAUGAGUGCCCAGACUUCCCCAGCAGAGAAGGGCCUCAAUCCGGGACUCAUGUGCCAGGAGAGUUAUGCCUGCAGUGGGACAGAUGAAGCUGUCUUUGAGUGUGAUGAGUGCUGCAGUCUGCAGUGUCUCCGCUGUGAGGAGGAGCUCCAUCGGCAGGAGCGCCUGAGAAACCAUGAGCGGAUAAGGCUCAAGCCUGGCCACAUCCCUUACUGUGACCCCUGCAAGGGCCCUAAUGGGCAUUCUCCUGGUGUUAGGCAGAGGGCAGCUGUGAGGUGCCAGACCUGCAAAAUCAACUUGUGCCUGGAGUGCCAGAAAAGGACUCAUUCUGGGGGUAACAAAAGGAGACACCCAGUUACUGUGUACCAUGUCACUAAGGUCCAGGAAUCACUGGAGGAAGAAGACAUGGAUGAGGAGACCAAGAGGAAGAAGAUGACUGAGAAGGUUGUGAGUUUCCUCCUAGUAGACGAAAAUGAAGAAAUUCAGGUAACGAAUGAAGAGGACUUUAUUAGGAAAUUGGACUGCAAACCCGAUCAGAAUCUGAAGGUGGUUUCCAUUUUUGGAAAUACUGGUGAUGGAAAGUCUCAUACCCUCAACCACACUUUCUUUUAUGGCCGUGAAGUCUUCAAAACCUCCCCUACCCAGGAGUCCUGCACCGUGGGAGUGUGGGCAGCCUAUGACCCAGUCCACAAAGUAGCAGUGAUAGACACGGAAGGGCUCUUGGGGGCCACAGUGAAUCUAAGCCAGAGAACACGGCUGCUGCUUAAGGUUUUGGCCAUCUCAGAUCUGGUCAUCUAUCGAACUCAUGCAGACCGCCUGCAUAAUGACCUCUUCAAGUUCCUUGGGGACGCCUCAGAAGCUUAUCUGAAGCACUUCACUAAGGAGCUCAAGGCUACCACUGCCCGCUGUGGUCUGGAUGUCCCCUUAUCCACCCUAGGCCCUGCUGUCAUCAUUUUCCAUGAGACUGUGCACACACAGCUGCUGGGCUCUGACCACCCCUCAGAGGUGCCAGAGAAGCUGAUCCAGGAUCGGUUCCGGAAGCUGGGCCGCUUCCCUGAAGCCUUUAGUUCCAUUCACUACAAGGGAACAAGGACUUACAAUCCCCCUACAGACUUCUCUGGGCUCCGGCGUGCCUUAGAGCAGCAACUAGAGAACAACACCACCCGUUCUCCCCGGCACCCAGGGGUCAUCUUCAAAGCCCUGAAGGCAUUGAGCGACCGCUUCAGUGGUGAGAUCCCCGAUGACCAGAUGGCACACAGCUCCUUUUUUCCGGAUGAGUACUUCACCUGCUCUUCCUUGUGCCUCAGCUGUGGGGCUGGAUGUAAGAACAGUAUGAACCAUGGGAAGGAAGGAGUGCCUCAUGAAGCCAAGAGCCGCUGCAGAUACACUCACCAGUACGAUAACCGAGUUUAUACCUGCAAGACCUGCUAUGAGAGAGGCAAGGAAGUCAGCGUAGUGCCCAAAACAUCUGCUUCCACCGACUCCCCCUGGAUGGGUCUGGCAAAAUAUGCCUGGUCUGGGUAUGUGAUUGAAUGUCCUAACUGUGGCGUGGUGUAUCGGAGCCGGCAGUACUGGUUUGGGAACCAAGACCCUGUAGACACAGUGGUGCGGACAGAGAUUGUACACGUGUGGCCUGGAACCGAUGGGUUUCUGAAGGACAACAACAAUGCUGCCCAGCGUCUACUGGACGGGAUGAACUUUAUGGCUCAGUCAGUGUCCGAGCUUAGCCUUGGGCCCACCAAGGCUGUGACGUCUUGGCUGACGGACCAGAUUGCCCCUGCCUACUGGAGGCCCAACUCCCAGAUUCUGAGCUGCAACAAGUGUGCAACAUCAUUUAAAGAUAAUGACACAAAGCAUCAUUGCCGGGCCUGUGGGGAAGGCUUCUGUGACAGCUGUUCAUCCAAGACCCGGCCAGUGCCUGAGCGGGGCUGGGGCCCUGCGCCUGUGCGUGUGUGUGACAACUGCUAUGAUGCCAGGAAUGUCCAGUUAGAUGUUGCCGAGGCACAGGACGAUGAAGGUGGAACACUGAUUGCUCGGAAGGUGGGCGAGGCUGUGCAGAACACUCUGGGAGCUGUGGUGACAGCCAUUGACAUACCACUAGGUCUGGUAAAGGAUGCAGCCAGGCCGGCAUACUGGGUACCUGACCACGAGAUCCUGCACUGCCACAGCUGCCGGAAGGAGUUCAGCAUCAAGCUCUCCAAGCACCACUGCCGGGCCUGCGGACAGGGCUUCUGUGACGAGUGCUCCCAUGACCGCCGGGCUGUCCCCUCUCGUGGCUGGGACCAUCCCGUCCGAGUCUGCUUUAACUGCAAUAAAAAGCCGGGUGACCUUUAACCCCAGCUCCCUCUCCAAGUCCUUCACAAUUCCUUAGGUUCUCAGGGUUAGAAACAGAAGUCUCAUUGGGGUAGGCCCUCCUCUGGGUCACCUGUCGUGGUGAAUGCCCUCUCUGCUGUUCAUCUGGGGCCCACUUUCCCUCCAUGGGAGUGAGCAGAUGGCAGAGCCAGGGUGAGCCUGGUGGCUGGCCUGGAUGUAUGAACCCCCCCGGUGGGGGAACCGAGCAGCCUACAGCAAAGGGGAAUUAACCUGAAUCCGUUGCAUUUAUUUCAGUUUAUAAUAAUAUAUAUAUACCCACAUGUACGGCACCUGAAGUGUAUUCAGGCUGCCGCUGGCUGUGAAGACUUCCCACAGCCCAUGCCCAGCACAGGGGUAGGCUGGUAGUGGCUACAAGUCUUCCCACAGAGCAGAGCCAGGUCCAGAGUUGCUGCACUGCUAGUCACUUUCUGCUUCUGCUCUCUGAGUCUUACAAGCCUCUCCUUCCUUUGCCUUUUCCAUUUCUGACUCUCAGCUGCCUGGUACUAAGUGAGCUUCCCAGGUACUUCCUGCUUAGAACAGCCUGAGGGGAACUCUGUGGGAGCCCUCAGGGGUGUCAUAUCCCAAUUCUUGGCCUAGAUCUGUUUAAGUCAGAGACCACCCAACCUAGCGUGCAGGUCACUGAAGUGGGUGGAGGGUGAGGGGUAGGGUCCUCAUCCCUCAAAGUCAAAAUGCAGGUGAUGGGAUGUCCCCUGUAUCUGGGGAGAGCAUCGAAGGCACAGGCCUUUCCGGCAGUGGCUCCUGCUUGUUGCCACUUCUGUGUAUCUCC